GUGAGAAGAGGAGACCAUAGGAUUCAAACCAGCGACCCUCAGGUGCUCAGGAUGGCUCAGCAGCUAACACAUGAAGAAGGAAUCAUGUUAAUUCCUCCACCAAAAGAUGCAUCAGGAGCGAGAAGGUCAACGACAUCUGCAACCUUCAAUUUCAUCAAUUCCAUCAUAGGAUCAGGAAUCAUAGGUUUACCAUAUGCACUGAACCAGGCAGGGCUCCCCCUUGGCCUCCUGCUUCUGGUCAUUGUUGCAUUCAUCACAGAUUAUUCCAUCAUCUUAUUAAUCAAAGGAGGGAACCUGUCGGGGACAAACAGUUAUCAGUCUCUGGUGCAGAGCACAUUUGGUUUCCCUGGGUUUCUGAUUUUAUCUGCGCUGCAGUUCCUUUAUCCUUUCAUCGCUAUGGUUAGUUACAACAUCACAACCGCUGACACAAUGACCAAAGUAUUUCAGAGAAUACCAGGAGUUGGUCCAGGUCACAUACUUGCAGAGCGUCACUUUGUGAUCUUGCUGUCAACGCUGGUGUUCACAAUGCCUCUCUCACUUUAUCGAAACAUAGAGAAACUGGGGAAGGUGUCCUUCCUGUCAAUGGUGCUGACACUUACCAUCCUCAUCAUUGCAAUAAUCCGAUCAGCUACCUUUGGACCCCAAAUCCUACCUACACAGAAUGCAUGGGCAUUUGCAAAGUGGAAUGCAAUUCAGGCAGUUGGUGUUAUGUCUUUUGCCUUUAUAUGCCAUCACAACAGCUUCCUUAUCUAUGGUUCCCUGGAGCAGCCCACUCUGGCUAACUGGUCUCGAGUCACCCACCUCUCUGUCGGUUCUGCGCUUAUAAUCAGUGCUGCGUUUGCUGUCACUGGCUACACCACCUUCACCGGCUACACACAGGGAGACAUAUUUGAGAACUACUGCAGGAAUGAUAACCUGGCAACAUUUGGUCGUUUCUGCUUUGGCCUCAGUAUAAUGACCACAUUUCCACUGGAGUGUUUUGUGACACGAGAGGUGUUGUCCAACGUCAUUUUCAGUCGGGACCUUUCAAAAGUUGAACAUGUGGUCAUAACCAUUCUCAUAGUUGCAGUUUGCGCAUCAAUAUCUUUGGCAUAUGACUGUCUCGGAGUAGUUUUGGAGCUGAAUGGUGCUCUGAGUGCCACACCCUUGAUCUUCAUCAUUCCGUCAGCGUGCAUCCUCAAACUCUCCUCUCGCCGCUGGUUCCAGGGUGAAAACUUGAUCGCCACCAUCUUGAUAGCAGUCGGCUUGUUCGUCAUGAUCACCGGGUUGACCAUGACCGGCCUCAACCCACAAGACUGUUCGCACGGCGUGGAGAUGUUCUACUGUGCGGACGCCAACAUCUCUGGCACUGCACCACCAGUAUGACAGGAAUGUCCUCCGAUGAAUUUGGGCUUUGUUACUAUGAAGGGAAAUCUUAAUGCUACAGAUUACAGCUAUAUUUUUGACAACAUUGUGCUUCCAGUGUUGUGGCAGCAGUCUGUAUUAUAAAGUUAUUACUUUCCUACACAGACCCUUGUCCUCAGCCACCAUCAAACACCUUUGAGGUGGCCAAUCUAUGUUGGGGAAGACACAAAUUCACAGAUAAUCCAGUGACUGUAGCAAAAUUCCAAAAGAUUGUGGAAAACCUUCCAAGGAGACGUAUGUUAAUGCUUUUGGAAAGGGACAUGCUAUU